AUGUUUGAUGGAAUUACUGAGAGAGACUCUGUUUCGUGGAACUCGAUGAUUUCGGCGUUAUGCAGGAACGAAAGAUUCAUGGAAGCUCUUGUUUUCCUGCAGCUUAUGGUCCGCGAAGGAAUCAAACCAGAUGGGGUGACAUUCGCAAGUGUGCUUCCAGCCUGCUCUUGCUUGGAGAUGCUAUCUGCUGGGAAGCAAAUUCACGCUUAUGCACUGAGAAACGGAGAGCUCAUUGAUAACUCUUUCGUUGGUAGCGCUUUAGUUGACAUGUAUUGCAACUGCGGACAGGUAGAAAGUGGGCAUCGAGUCUUUGAACGCAUCUUGGACAAAAGAAUCGGGCUUUGGAAUGCCAUGAUUACUGGGUAUGCACAAAAUGAGCACGAUGGACAGGCAUUGAUGCUCUUCCUUCGCAUGGAAACUGAUGCGGGACUUCAUCCCAAUGCAACUACAAUGGCAAGUGUUGUUCCUGCUUGUGUGCGGUGUGAAGCAUUUUCCAGCAAAGAAAGUAUACACGGAUAUGUUAUAAAGAUAGGCUUCGAGACAAAUAGGUACGUACAGAAUGCACUUAUGGAUAUGUACAGCAGAAUGGGGAAAAUGGAGAUUUCAAAGUCGAUAUUUGAUAGCAUGGAGGUGAGAGAUGUAGUUUCUUGGAACACUAUGAUCACUGGAUACGUCAUUAGUGGAUGCUUUGACCAAGCACUAGAGAUGCUACAAGGGAUGCAAAAAACAGAUCGUGAUCCUAAUUCAGUAACAUUGAUGACAAUACUCCCUGGAUGUGCUUGGAUGGCAGCACUAGCCAAAGGGAAAGAGAUCCAUGCUUAUGCGAUUCGAAAUGGCUUGGCUUCAGAUGUUACUGUUGGAAGUGCACUAGUCGACAUGUAUGCAAAAUGUGGAUGCUUGAACUUAUCAAGGCGAGUGUUCACCGGGAUGACGAAUAAAAACAUCAUCACAUGGAACGUCAUCAUCAUGGCCUAUGGAAUGCAUGGGCAAGGAGAUGAAGCAUUGAAACUUUUCCAAGACAUGGCGUCUCGAGCCAAGUUUGGAGGAGUGAAGCCCAAUGAAAUCACUUUGAUUUCAGUAUUCGCUGCAUGCAGUCACUCAGGUUUUGUAGAUGAGGGACUCCGCAUAUUUCACAGCAUGAAAGCUGAUUAUGGGAUUGAAGUUACAGCAGAUCACUAUGCUUGUGUAGUUGACUUACUUGGUCGAGCUGGCCAAGUGGAGCAAGCCUAUGAAUUACUGAACGCAAUGCCUUCUGGGUUUGAUAAGAUUGGGGCUUGGAGUAGCUUGCUUGGAGCUUGUAGGCUGCACCAGAAGGUCGAAAUUGGGGAAAUUGCAGCAGAGAGUCUGAUUCAGUUGCAACCAGAUGUGGAUAGCCACUAUGUCUUGCUCUCCAAUAUAUAUGCAUCCGUAGGAAUGUGGGAAAAGGCAAUGGGUGUUAGGAAGAGGAUGGAGGAACUAGGAGUGAAGAAAGAAGCUGGAUGCAGUUGGAUUGAGUAUGGUGAUGAAGUCCACAGGUUUUUGGCUGGGGACAUGUCUCACCCACAAAGCGAGAAGCUCCAUGGAUUUCUCGAGCUGUUGUAUGAGAGAAUGAAGAAGGAAGGGUAUGUCCCUGAUACUUCUUGUGUCCUCCAUAAUGUUGGUGAAGAUGAGAAAGAGAUAUUGCUAUGUGGGCAUAGCGAGAAACUGGCAAUAGCUUUUGGCAUUCUCAACACCCCUCCUGGAACUACCAUUAGGGUAGCCAAGAACCUUAGGGUUUGUAAUGAUUGCCAUACUGCCUCGAAAUACAUUUCGAAAAUCGAGGAGAGGGAUAUUGUGCUAAGAGAUGUGAAGAGAUUUCAUCACUUCAGGAAUGGGACUUGUUCUUGUGGGGAUUAUUGGUAA